AUGAAUGUAUUAUUCAUCUUCUUCACGGUAGCAGCGGUUGUAGAAGCCGAAAUUGAGAUGCUUCAAGUCCUUUUCCGCCACGGCGAUAGAGCACCAUCAUUCUCUUAUCCAUAUGAUGUUUAUAAUGAAACAUCAUGGUCACGUGGAUACAGUCAGUUAACUGAAAAUGGCUACGAACAAUCAAUGGAAUUAGGAAACUAUCUUAAUCAACGUUAUAGCACAUUUCUUAGGGGAAGAAUUAAUAAAAACACAAUUUAUGCACGGUCAAGUGAUAAGGAUCGGUGUAUUGAAACAGCCAUGGGUGUUACACGAAGCCUUUUCCCGGAUAAUCUUGUUCCAGUACAUACGUACUCGUCUUAUAAAGACGAUCUGCUUCUCAAACCAACAAGUUUGCGUUGUGAUGUGGCUGAUCAGCUGGUUCGCAAUGAUAAGAAAAAGCUUUAUAAGCUUCAAAAUCAAAAAUUCUCAAAAUUAUUUUCGUUUUUAACGGCAAAAACAGGAAUGACCGUUGAUAUGUCAUCCAUAAGUGAUUUAUACAACGUGAUCUACCGAGAGCAUUCAAACGGUUUGACGCAGCCCACGUGGGUGUUUGAUAAUUACAAAUCAAACUUGACCAUAUUUGACAUGAUCGUCGAGUUGAAAAGACAAGAUCGCAUGGAAACAUUCAAUAGUUUCUUGAAAAGUAAACUACGCACUGGUUAUUUGCUUGGACAGUUGGUGAAUGAAAUGGAAGCUAGAGCUUCCGGUAAAAUUGAACGCAAGAUGUCACUGUAUUCAACGCAUGACGCAACAAUAACUUCUCUUAUGUAUUCUAUGGGCAUAGCCAAUCAUUUACUUGUACCAUACACUUCAGCUUUAAUCUUCGAACUUCAUCGACUCGGAGACCAACGUUAUGUGAAGAUUUUAUACCGUAAUUCAACAAAUGCUGAACCUUAUGCCAUGAAGUUGGCUGGUUGUUCAGAUGUUAUGUGUCCCUUGAAGCACUAUCAUGAUAUCUUUGAUUCUCAAAUGAUCGAUAGCCGGGAAAGCUUCGAACAGCUUUGUACAUACACCUUCUCUUCAUGGAAGUAUAACAACAUGCUGAAUCUUAAUCAUUUAUAUUAUUUCAUUAUAAUGAUUAAUUCAUUCUUUGUUAUUCAUUUCUAUUUCACUUCUUUGUCAAAGGAAUACCACUCGUAG